AUGAAAUUUGGAUGUCUGUCCGUCCGACUGCCUUAUGCGUGUUUCGUCUUAAACAGUGUCAAGACGCUGGAGAUGUGGUGGCGGCCCAUGCUAUGCGGACCCGGCAUUCACUAUACCAUGGCCGUCCACAUGGCACACCGGGACUGGGAGGACGUGGCCUGGCGGGAGCUGCUGGAACAGAGGCUGGGGAUGAGCCCCACCCAGAUCCAGGCCUUGCUGCGGGACGGGGUAAAGUUCAGUCAUGGAGUGGCCGUGGGUAA